AUGCCAGCUCCCUCAAAUCCAGCAAAGGCUCGCAAGGGCAAGAGUAGCAAGAGGGCACCCAAAUCAAAGACGAAGACUCCACUUUCCGCCAAUGACUAUGCUCGUCUCCAAAAGGCGUCCGUUGAGAAGAAGAAGCAGUAUGGGAAAUCAGAGAACACGAAUAACAAUUAUGGUGGACAGGUCAAGCGGGGGCAGGAGUUUGUGGCCCGAUUUUCAGUAGAGCAAGCAGAAGCAGAAAAGCGGUGGCAGGAAGAUGGGGAUGAAGUAUUGUCGGGUGAUGAUGAUGAGGAUGAAAUACAAGACGACGGACCAGCCAAGUUGGAUCCCGACUUCCACAAGGCCUUCGACGGCCCCCCCAUUGAAUGCACGCCGCUUGCAAUCUCCAUGUUUAUGACGCACAAGUGCUUCACAGAGAAUAGAAAGGCAUCCACGGCCAUCUCAAUUCACGCUGCGUUUACACGGUACUACGACCAAAUGGCCAACGACAUGUAUCGAGGACGUUGGCACUUCAAUGAUGCCCGCCAAAGAUGGGAGGGUAAUCCUACUCGCUCGGCAGAGGUCGAGGACAUGCUCGAUGCCUGCAAAAACAAGGAUGGCGAGGGCGAGCGGAAUCAUUCCCGAGCCAUGUCACUUGCAGAUAUGCAAGCUUUGUUCGCACAUUCGCAAAAAACCUGUCCUUCCGACCUUGAGAUCACAGACCAGCAGACACUUGCAUUGAAAGCUAGCCAUUUGUUCAAUCUGGCGUUCGCAAGUUUUAGCUGGUUGAUCUGGACUCGGGUGAACGAGGCAGCUGGUCUUCAGGCUAAACAUGUUGAUUUUGCGCCGCCGCCAAGGCCAGGUAAACCUCAUCUACCAUACGUCAAGUUCAAUCUACGAAACCGUAAGAACUGGCAGAAGAAAUCAAAGAACGGAGAGAAUGGACUCAACGGGCAUACCUACAACGUCUACCCACAGCCCAACAACCCCGCCAUUGACCUAUACACACACAUUUGGAAAUGGAAGGAAUUUUACGAGACUCGGCUUCUUGGAAGGAAGCUACAGCCAGAUGAGUUCAUUUUUCCGUCCUUCGGUGUGAACGGGCUGGUUGCACACCCACAUGUACCCAUUACAUCCGACCUUAUUCAAAAGAGGAUUAACGAGUGGACUGCGGCAGCAGGAAUCAGGGGCGCAGGACACUUCACAACCCACUGCUUCCGCCGCGGAGGUGCACAAUACCGCUUUAUGUUCGCGCCGAUUGGGCAGCGUUGGACGCUGGCUCGAAUUCGUUGGUGGGGAGGGUGGGCGAUUGGCGAACACCGUGAUACAUUAAUACGAUACCUGCUCGAUGAAUUAUAUACGUACGAAGAGGAUCAUAGUGAUGCUCUCUGUCCUGUUGACUACGAAGCCAACAUGUCCCACAUGGGCGAGAGUGGGGAAACGCGACCUCUAACAGCUGCAGAAGGACUCAAGCUAUUCUCUGUGCAGUUCGCAGAGCAGCGCAGGAUGUGGGAAGAGAUGCGAACAUUGAUUAGCGAGCGGCCACAGGUUAUGCCUGUAACACAGUCUAUGCCCGCGCCACUGCCCGCACCCACGUCCUGGGGAGGUUUCACCAAUCAUGGCAGUCAGCCCCGCAGCUAUGUAUCACACGGUAUCUACCCUACAGUUGGAAGUGGCCAUGGGGCUGUAGUUCCACUCCAGAGCUCCUCGCUGAUGAAUGCCAUGACAAAUGGCUCGGGCGGUCCUGUUCCUGUUGAGCCAUCUGCGGUCGUGCCAGAAAUCAGCCGCAAGAUGGGAGCGACUGCCUGGAAGCAGGUCGUACAUGACUGGGAGCAUCCCGACCCCAGUCGCAACCACCACACAGCUCUCGAGCACUGGAAACGGGAGUGGCAUGCUUCCAGUCGCCAAAGCCAGUUAUGGGGUCAACGGCGCACGAUCGCACUGGAGUUCAUUGAAGAAUUUGGGCGAGAUGAAACCUCAUUCCUUCAGGCUUACCCAGAACAUAAGGAUGGCAUCACGGCUCUCUUGCACGCGAUCCGGGUCAAAGGGCAGGCGGAAGGCAAAAUUCUCAGCCGCAACCGCCGCAAGAGUACUGCAAAGUAG